AUACUUACCCGCGAGGACUGAAAGAUAUUAAACGGACCAAAUAAGCUAAAGUCGUUUUGUUUCCCACACAAAAUGAGUGCUUCACCCACAGUAAAAUUUGCUUUGUUAUUCGGCAUUGGUGCUUCUAUGGCUGUAAUGAGCAUCGUUAUGUAUUUUGUCUUUCCUGUUGUAAUGAAAAGUGAGAUAGAAAAGCGGAUGAAGAUAAAAGAAGGUUCAGAAAGCUACGGUUACUGGAAAGAACCACCAAUUCCCAUUUACAUUCGUUUCUAUUUCUUUAACCUCGUCAAUCCUGAAGGAGUGUGGAGUCUGACAGAAAAGCCAAACUUCAAGGAGAUGGGACCAUACACAUUUAGGGAACAUCGCGUAAAGGUAAACCUUACUUGGAAUGACAACGGAACAGUCUCCUAUCGACAGAUAAAGAGUUGGCAUUUCCAACCGGAUCUCACAAACGGUUCUUUAGAUGAUGUCGUCACCACUCUCAAUGUUCCAGCUGUUGCAGCCUCGAAUAUAUAUCGUUAUGCUCCUGAAAUAUUCUACAGAUACGCUAUUGAUCAAAUGCUUAACUUAACCCACAGUUCUUGGUUUGUUGGGAAACCAGUCCGGCAACUAUUAUUUGAAGGAUAUAACGAUUCCUUGAUAGACGAAUCCCGAUCAUUAUCUCCUCUUCCACAUGAAAAGUUUGGAUGGUUUUAUGGGAAAAACAACUCAGACGAUAAUUUCUACAACAUCUUCACAGGAGAAAACGGAAUAAAUAAGCUAGGACAGAUUGAUAAAUGGAACGGGAGCGAGUACAGGGAUAUACGACCAGUAAUAUUUAUCGUUGUAAGAGUGUGGGAGAGUACAUGCAACAAAAUCAAUGGAACAACUGGAGACAUGUGGCCUCCGUUCAGGAGCUCGUCAGACCACGACCUGACUAUGUUUGUGACAGAUAUAUGCAGAUCAAUUACUUUAAAGUUCCAUGAAGAAACUCAAGUCAAGCAAGUCAAAGCGUACAGAUAUUUAGCCGAGAAGACUAUGCUAGACAACGGAGAAGAAGACCGAGAUAAUAGAUGCUUCUGUUUAUCUGACGCCACCAGGUGUCUCCCUAGAGGAGGUCUCAAUGUUUCUUCCUGUCAGUUCAAUGCCCCUGCUGUUGUAACUUACCCACAUUUCUUGUAUGCGGAUCCUGCCUAUGCAACAACUGUAGAUGGAAUGAAGGCAGAUCCAGAAAAACAUCAAAUGUUCGUCGAUAUUCAGCCGGAUAUGGGAAUACCCAUGAACAUAGCAGCAAGGAUGCAAAUCAACAUUGUUUUCGAACGUGUUAAAGACAUGUCGUUCUUCCAGAACAUCACUUCAAGAAUCUACUUUCCAAUAUUCUGGUUUAGUGAGACAGCUCAAUUAGAUGAAUCAAUGGCAAAACAGCUCCAUCUGGUGACUGAUGAUCUACCAACGUACUCUACCAUUUUCUGCUUUGUUUUAUUUGUUACUGGUGGAAUAGUUUUCACCUCUGGUUUACUUAUUUUCAUGAGACAUCGAAAAAUAAAAGAACAAAAGAAAAGCUACAAGAAAGUGCGUACGUAGAGGGGGCGAUGAUCAAAUCUCAAAGUUGGCAACUCUUUCACUGGACACUCGUUGUAACGAAAUGUAUCACUGGUGUAGCUAUAGAAUAGUGAUGGUUUGAAUAGAGUGUGUGUGUAUGUUUUUUUCUUAUAACAAAGCCACAUCGGGCUAUCGGCUGUGUCCACCAAGGUGGUUUGAAUAAAAAAUUUUAUGCAGGUGUUUUAUUUUAUAUGCUGAAACCUUAAUCCCUGUUGACUGAAUAUAGUAAAAUUAAAAGGAUGGGUGUCAAAAAGGUCUUGAAACGGACAGUGUCAGAGGUGGAAAUAUAUUUCUACAAAUGUAGUAACGGGUAUAACAGAUCGCUUGUCAGAUUUUAUAUCCUUACCACAUCUCAAGAUGUCUGUCACUAAUAUGUGUUCAAACCUAUGCAUUAGUCAUUAACAAUCCAACAACAUAUAUCACAUCUUAUAUGGUGAUGGUAGAGGCAUUUACUAUAUGGUGAUGGUAGAGGCAUUUACGUCAUACUUCAUUAUGACAGACCGCAAAAUAUAAUAAACAGGCGAAAUCAUAGACAACCAUUUGAUCUAAGCCUAAUCUACGUGUAAACUGCGUAGCACUCGAAUAGUCUAAAGUAUGGUCACUUACAUUUUCUGUAUAGUGUCAAUCGUUCUGAG